AUGGCUGCUAACAACGAUCCAGUUAUCGUUUUCAUCAUGCCCACCAGCAUCGCUCUUAAAGCUGCCUAUACGAAAUAUGCAAAGACAGUUGAAGCAACGGCCGUGUUCUUCGAGCCAAGCGUCACUCCUCCGGAUGUCCACCGAGCAACACUUGGCGUUUACAAUGUGCUACUUACGGUACGGCCGGAUAUGGUGAAGGGCCUUCGUGAUCUUGGCCACAGAAACUACAUAGUCGGUCUUCUGAAGGAUGACAAGAAACCUGCCAUGGAGACAGAGAGGCGAGCCUUCAAUGCUGCCCAAGCGAACGAAGUGGUCGGUGAAUUUCUCACCCAGAAGACCAUUUCAGAGUUAUUGGAAAGAAGCGAGUAA